AUGUCUAAUUUGUUUUAUGCAGAUUUACAUACCUUUCAUAAUAACUCCACAGCCAGCUAUCAACCACCAGCUACUAAAGUGCCAUUGCCAGAAACAGUAGACAGAAACGCAAUGUACUCUAUGCCUACUACUACGGAUACUACUACCUCAUUCCUUGAUACCCUUGAUUUGGCAGGUUUUUAUCAACAACCACAAUCUAUUCCACAGCCUAUUUCAUCAACUCAUGAAUCACAAUCUAUGUAUUCACCUAAUGGAUUUUAUCAAUUAUCACCUCAGCCAUACCCUCUAAUGCAACAACAACAACAACAACAACCUCCUCAAAUGCAAAACUAUAUACCUGGCUUUCAGCACAAUCAAAUUCUACUUCAAAGAUAUAAUAGCAACGGAAGCACAACAAGCAGCACAAAUUCACAACCUUCCUAUCAUCUUUCACAAGCGAACUAUAUGCAAUACAAUAUAAAUCAGCAAGAUUUGUCUAAAAUGUAUUAUCAGCAACAUCUUCAACAACAUCUGCAGCAAUUACAACAACAACAACAACAGCAACAACAACAACAACAACAACAACAACAACAACAACAACAACAACAACAACAACAACAACAACAACAACAGCAUCAACAACAGCAUCAACAACAGCAUCAACAUCAUCAACAUCAUCAAAAAGAAGUCAAGCUAUUGAUGUAUUAG